ACCGUAGAAACAGCUCUCUCUCUCUCUCUCUCUCUCUCUCUCUCUCUCUGCGUAGAGAUGGAUACGUUUUUCCUCUCUCAUGGAUCGCCGACACUAUCGAUCGACGAGGAGAUGCCGGCGAGGCAUUUCAUGAAAUCGUGGCAGGAGAAGAUCUUUCGGCCCAGGCCCAAAUCGAUUCUGAUGAUAUCAGGUCAUUGGGAGACGUCCGUUCCGACCGUUAACGUGGUGGAACGAAAUGAUACCAUCUACGACUUCUAUGGAUUCCCAAAACCCAUGUAUGAGCUUAAGUAUCCAGCGCCUGGUGCACCCCAACUAGCAAAGAGGGUGAAGGAGUUACUGACCGGUGCCGACUUCAAGAAUGUGAAGGAAGACAAGACCCGUGGCCUUGAUCACGGUGCAUGGGUCCCACUCAUGCUCAUGUAUCCGGAGGCUGACAUCCCUGUGUGUCAGCUAUCCGUUCAAACAAAGAUGGACGGUACAUAUCACUACAACAUGGGGAAGGCAUUGACCCCACUUAAGGAGGAAGGGGUACUUGUAAUCGGAUCUGGGAGCGCCACACAUAACUUGCGGGCCAUUAGAAUGGAUGGGACCACCGUCCCAUGGGCCAUUGAUUUUGACGAAUGGCUCAAGGAAACUCUCCUCAAUGGAAGGUACGACGAUGUAAAUCACUAUGAGGAGAAGGCACCGGCUGCAAAAACUGCACACCCAUGGCCGGACCACUUCUACCCGUUGCAUGUAGCUCUUGGAGCUGCUGGUGAAGGUGCAAAGGCGGAGCUCAUCCAUCAUAGCUGGAGCCAUGGUGCGCUUUCCUAUUCUUCUUACCGAUUUACUACAGCUACAUGAUCAUUCCCUACGGUGCUCAGCUGAGCCGUAGCGCAUGUCUUGUGACAACGCACAAUAAUACUGAAAAUGCUGCUAUAUUUUAGAACUUGAACUUUUAGUAUGAUGGGAAUUUAAGUGGAAAUGCUAUUUCUUGGGGUUUUUUUACUUCUUUCUGUAAUGAUUUCAUAGUCAUUUUAGUGGGA